ACAGUUUGACGCGUUAUCCGAAUCGGAAGGUCUGCAAGUCAAUAACUUCGAUCCCCGUUAUUCUUUACAGAAAGGGCUACGCUUCUAAUACAAUCAGGAAUUUUCCAUACCGAACCAAUCGAAUGGAACGAAAAUGACCCAUCCUCGACCUUCGGACCUCGUUACCUGCUGUCGUUGCAUCCCUUUGUUACUUCGGAGGGAAAUUGUCGAGUACACAGAAAGAUUGGAAAUGUUCGAGAGGACAACCGAUUCCUCAGGGACAAGUAGAGUCUAGUACCUUCAAGGUCAGCUUUCUCUUUUUGAACGAAACCACCUUUUUAAAUGUCCCAGCUGUCUAAGCUAUUAUCCCCCAAGUACGGGAAAGUAAGAUUUAUUACAUAGCUACAAAUUUCUCAUUCUGGUUGGACCGCUUACAUUUUCGAAGCUUUUCCAGCAAGAUACAUAAUUCACUUCGGGAACGGCUGCUAGAUGUCUGACCUUUCGCCGCGGAUUAAGAGGUUCAUCUUGCCAAGUGCCCGAAAAUAAUUACUUUAUUUACAAUUCUCCGAUUAAUCGGUGAUACAAAAUUAACUGACGAUGACACGUUGGUCUUUGAGGCUACAAAGUCCAAAACCGCGACUUGAUAGAAGAGAGGAAAAAAUUCUUGUAUCGAACAGUUGACAGUGAUCAUUGAACGUUCGUACUGUUCGCAUUAUUGUCCGAAAAAUGAAAACCGGAAAUCAAAUCGUCGCUGAGGCCUUGAAAGAUCAGGGCAUCGAAUAUGUUUUUGGAAUAAUGGGACAUCCUGUGAUUGACCUCGCGUUAUGCAUGCAGGCUGUGGGUCUCCAGUAUCUUGGUUUUCGAAAUGAACAAGCCGCGUGUUAUGCCGCCCAAGCAUACGGAUAUCUGACCAGAAAACCAGCGGUUGUGUUAUGCGUUUCCGGACCAGGAUUGCUUCACGUUUUCGGCGGAAUGGCUAACGCUCAAAUAAAUUGUUGGCCAGUCAUAGUUAUCGGCGGAUCCUGUGCCGAGGAUCACGAGGGUAUUGGCGGUUUUCAGGAAUGGCCUCAGGUAGAAGCCAGUAAGCCCUAUUGUAAAUACGCCGCUAGACCACCGAUGGCGUCUCUCGUACCACUUCACGUGGAAAAGGCCUUUCGCCUGUCUACUUACGGUCGCCCAGGGGUAGCGUACUUGGACUUACCGGCCACCAUAUUGAACCAAACUGCCGACGAAGGAAAAAUAUACAAAGCUAACCGUUGCCCACCGCCCCCAUUGAUAUUUCCUGAUCAUCGAUUGCUACAAGAAGCGGCCGAUUUGCUCAUGAGAGCAAGGAAACCGCUCUUGAUCGUUGGAAAAGGAGCUGCGUAUGGCAGAGCAGAAAAAGAAAUUUGUAGUCUCGUGUAUUCAACUGGUAUUCCUUUUCUUCCAACACCAAUGGGAAAGGGUGUUGUUCCGGAUACUAAUGAACGAUGCGUUUCCAGUGCAAGAACUUUUGCGUUGCAGCAAAGCGAUGUUAUCUUGCUACUGGGCGCUAGACUGAACUGGAUGUUACAUUUUGGCAAACCGCCUCGUUUCCAACCGGACGUGAAAGUCAUACAGGUUGAUAUUUGCCCUGAAGAACUGCAUAAUUCUGUAACCUCUGCUGUUGCGAUCCAAUCCGACGUCUCUACUGCAGUCGAUGGUCUCGUUAGCAUUCUGAAAGCUCGCAAUUGGACUGUUGAGGAUAGCAAUCCAUGGUGGCGAGAUCUUCUAACCAAAUCUAAGAAGAAUAAAGCAGUAGUUCAUGCAAUGACGAUGGAUGUUUCCGUACCUUUGAACUAUUACACUGUCUUUAAACAUAUUCAGGACAUUCUUCCACCAAAUUGCAUUAUUUGUUCGGAAGGGGCCAACACAAUGGAUAUAGGGAAAACGGUGUUAUUAAAUGACGAACCGCGACACAGAUUGGACGCGGCUACCUUCGGUACUAUGGGGGUGGGAUUAGGUUUUGGCAUUGCCGCCGCCCUUUAUUGUAAAAACAAUGCACCCACGAAGAGAGUAAUUUGCGUAGAAGGCGACAGUGCCUUUGGAUUCUCUGGCAUGGAAAUUGAAACAAUGUUCCGAUAUAAGUUACCUAUCAUCAUUAUUAUUGUUAACAAUAACGGUAUUUAUGGUGGCUUGGACAAUGAAACAUUCCGACAGUUGCAGGCUUCUGGCGAACCUACACAGGUUACACCACCAUUUUCGUUAACUUGUGAAACUCAUUACGAAAAGAUGAUGGAAAUGUUUGGCAGAAAAGGACACUUUUGCACAACUGUCAAAGAUAUACAGCAAGCAGUAAAGUCGUGCCUUCAGGUAAACGAUUCUCCCAGCUUAAUAAAUAUUAUGAUCCAUCCUCAAGCCGACCGCAAAGAGCAAAAGUUCAGCUGGUUAACAGAAUCGAAAUUAUAAAUUAAAUUUUUUAUCAAAUACAAAAUAAUGUACAUAUAUGUAUGUGUAUACAAAAAAAAUAUUUAAAGAAAAAAAUACCCUGGUUACAUAUUAUCUAAAUAUGCCAUGAUCUUUUCCUGCAGUUCUGUAGAAUUUUGUAAAUUUCUCAAAUUCAAUAAAGAUUCAUUUUCUUCAUUACCAUUA